AUGACCUUUCAACCAUGGACAAAUAAGUCAACGAUGAAAAAGGUAUCACAUAGAAUCCGAGAAGUAACACUCCCCAAAAUCUACCCAGCAGUAAUGUUCAGACUAGCCAGCAGGCAGCCUUCGAUAAAGCAAUUGAGAAAGGCUCUAAUUACUGUGCCAUUUGAUAGUAGGCGGUUAUUGCACCAUGAUGCCGUUUUAAGGAACACUAGUUCUUUAUUUCAAAGUCAAAUGCGUCAGAAAAACGACAAACUUCAAAAAUUGGUGUUGUCUUUGGUAGGACUAUCGGCUGUUUCCUAUGGAUUGUGGUAUUACUACUGGCCACAUCACACUUUUCCACCGUCUGUAGCUGCCACAUUGAGGAAGGGCAUUUGGGCUGAAUCUGAUAAGCAGCAAUAUGAUUAUCAAAAAGCUCUCAAAUUUUAUAUAGAGGCAAUAGAGGAGUGCCAAAAGCUUAGCAUGGAUCCGAUUACUGAUGAGUACACCGGAAUUGAGUUAAAAAUCGCCGAGAUGUAUGAGAAGUUAAAUUUAAUGGAACAGGCUAAUUCGGUGUAUUUAGAGCUUUUAUAUCGUUACUUUGAUGCUCUAAACACACCAGGUAAGGUUCCAGAAGAUAAAAGACCAGAUAUGAUCAGAAGAGAUCUGAGAGUUUUGAUUAAAUCUCUCGAGGUUCAAUCUUUAGACGUCAAUAAAGAUGCCAGCAUUACCAAAAGAAAUCUUCUGGCACAUUUACUAUUAGCCCAAGAAGAGGUCUUGAGCAGGUCUCCGGAACUUAAAGAGUUUUUCGAGAGUAGGAAGCAGAAGGCCAAUAACAUGUUUCAAGGUAAAGCGCAUGACGCAUCUGAUUUCAAAACGUUUGUCAAUACAGAUAAUAUCAAAUUCAAUGAUGACGGAUACAUGAUUUUAGAUUUGAAGAAAAAUAGCAGUGCCUGGGAGCCUUUCAAGGAAGAAUUCUUCACGGCCAGAGACUUGUACACUGCUUUCUGUUUGUCUGCCAAGGAUAUCUCAGCCGCUUUAAGCUGCAAAAUGACCACCGUAGAAUGGAUGGUUAUGGCAGAUAUGCCACCGGGCCAAAUAUUGCUGUCCCAAGCAAAUCUAGGAUCCCUUCUUUAUCUACAAGGUGAAAAAUUCGAAGCUGAAAUAUUCAAAGCAGAAGGGAAACGCAAAGAAAUUGUUGCUGACCAAGGUGAUCAAGAAAGUGAUAAUUUAAUAAAAUCUCUUCGCUAUCUCCGCAGGAAUAGAGAUAUUUGUUUAAAAAUGGCCAGCAAAUGUUACGAUAGUGUUGUGCAGUUCGCCAAGAAAAACAAUAAAUUAAGGUUUAAUAUGAAAGAUCAGCUGGAUCCCUCUAUCUCACAGGCUAUUGCUCUGUCCACAUAUGGAUUGGGUGUAUUAAAUUUACAUCAAGGUGUGCUAGCAGAAGCUGAGAAACUGCUUAAAGAUUCAAUGGCGAUGGCCAAAGAAAUUGACUUUGAUGAGCUACUGAAAGAAGCGCAGAAUGAAUUGAAGAAAACAGCUAAACUAAAAUUGGAAAAGCAAUCACCAGCUUUAGAAAUAAAUCAAUAA